AUGAGUGGAAUCAUGGGGAUCGUUUUUGGCGUGCUUCGGAUUCAUGGUCAUGGGACAAUUCUGUCCAGCAUUGGGGUGAUAGCUCAUGGGGAAGUUCAUGGGGACAGUCUACAUGGAAUCCAUCGUGGGGUUCAUGGUCGACUGGAGGUUGGCAUCCGCAUGAGCGCUUUUACAAGUCAUGGGGUUUUAGAGAUCAGAGAGGCUCAGACCAUUUUGGUGAGCCUGAACCACAGGGCUCUGAAGGGAGCAACGAGGCAGGAUCAGAUGGCCAACAGCGCAGUUCUGAGCAUGCUUCAGAGAAUGAUCGGGAUCACGGGCAAGGGGUCGUUCGGGGAAAAGAUGGCCGUUCCCUCGUAUGACGCCGAGGGGACAGGAGAGGAGCUCGGAACGGGAGCUCGCUCUUACCUCCGCCAAGUGGCGGCAUGGUGCCGGGUUACACGUACCCCCAAACACCAACAGGCCUUGCUGUUGUACCAAAACUUGAAGGGCCGCGCUUGGGUCGAGAGUGAAGAACUGCAGGUCGAGGCUUUGUCGGGGCCUGAAGGCUUGGAAGUCUUCAGGGCAUGGAUCCAGGAGCGCUACUUGGAGGUCGAGGUUGGAAAGAUAGCCGAUGCUUUGACGACUUUCUUCAAACGUCUCAAGAGACGUCCAAGCCAAUCGGUGAGAGAAUUCAACUCCAUGUUCGAUCGUGCGUACUCGAGACUCCUUGAGAUAGAUUGCAAACUUCCGGAGGUGGCCAAGGCUUGGGCUUACAUGAGUGCAUUGGGGCUAACGAAUUCAGAAGAACUUUCUCUUCUGGCAUCGGUUAACAACGAGUAUCAUACAGGGCGACUUCAGAAGGCAGCCGUGCUUCAUGAGAAGUCUUUGCGUCCGGCGUGGCAGCCCCGCCGGAGUUUUGAUCCCAAGGACUCCAAGGCCAAUGGUGUCCGAGGCGCAUUCCUGACAGGCAUCGAAGAGGACGACGAGGACCUCGAGCAGUCGGCUGAGGGCGGUGGGGACCUCUUUGUCCCAGAGGAAACUGCUCAGGAACUUCAUGAAGCAUUCGUGGCACAGGAGUCAGCUAAAGCUAGAUUCCGGGAG